UGAGUUGCAUGCAGUGCGGGGCCGUUUCACCAGGCUUCCACUGUGAGUGGCAGAACAGUUAUACCCACUGUGGGCCCUGUGCCAGCCUGGUGACCUGUCCGGCGUGUCGUGCUCCUUAUGUAGAAGAAGAUUUGUUAAUCCAGUGCCGCCAUUGUGACCGGUGGAUGCAUGCUGGUUGUGAGAGCCUAUUCACUGAGGAAGAGGUGGAACAAGCAGCAGAUGAAGGCUUUGAUUGCGUCUCCUGUCAGCCCUACGUGGUGAAGCCUGUGGUGCCCAUUGCGCCACCAGAGCUCGUGCCUGUGAAGGUGAAGGAGCCAGAGCCCCAGUACUUCCGCUUUGAGGGAGUAUGGCUGACGGAGACCGGCAUGGCUGUGCUUCGAAAUCUGUCCAUGUCCCCCCUUCACAAGCGGCGUCAGAGGCGUGGGCGGCUUGGCCUCCUAGGUGAGGGCGGGCUAGAGGGGCCGGAGCCCUCGGACCCCGGCGGCCCCGACGACAAGAAAGAUGGGGACCUGGAUGCUGACGAGUUGCUCAAGGGCGAAGGGGUCGGUGUGGAGCACAUGGAGUGUGAGAUCAAGCUGGAGGCUCCUGCCAGCCCUGAUGGGGAGCCUGGCAAGGAAGAGACUGAUGAGGGCAAGAAACGCAAGCGCAAACCGUACAGACCUGGCAUUGGGGGCUUCAUGGUUCGACAACGCAAGUCUCACGCUCGUCUGAAGAAGGGGCCCGCCGUGUUGGUGGAAGUGCUGAGUGGGGAGGGCCAGCCUGAUGAGGUUGUGACAGUUGACCCACCUGCAGAGGGUGCAGUGGAGCAGAGCCCAGCCGAAGGUGAUGAGAAGAAGAAGCGUCGGGGUCGAAAAAAGAGCAAGCUGGAGGACAUGUUUCCUGCCUACCUGCAGGAAGCCUUCUUUGGGAAAGCACUGUUGGACCUUAGCCGAAAGGCAUUGCUGGUGGCUGGAGAUGGACGACUGGGCUUUGUGCCAGGCACCCCCAGGGGCAAGGGGGACCCAGGCCCUGAUAGAAAAGAGGCUUCUGCUUCACAGAAAGGGGAGGAUGGACCAGAUGUUGCAGAUGAAGAGUCCAGAGGCCCUGAGGGCAAUUCAGAGACUCCAGGCCCUGAAGAUGGAGGCAUCAAGACAUCUCCUGUACCCAGUGACCCAGAGAAACCAGGAACCCCAGGCGAGGGAAUGCUCAGCUCUGACUUGGACAAGAUCCCCACAGAAGAGCUGCCCAAGAUGGAAUCAAAAGAUCUUCAACAGCUUUUCAAGGAUGUCCUAGGCUCCGAGCGGGAGCAGCAGAUUGGCUGUGGGACUCCCAACCUGGAUGGGGGUCACACCCCAAUGCAGCAGAGGCCCUUCCUACAAGGUGGGCUUCCUUUGGGCAACCUCCCUACCAGCAGCCCAAUGGACUCCUAUCCGGGCCUUUGCCAGUCUCCUUUCCUUGAUAGUAGGGAGCGCGGGGGCUUCUUCAGCCCAGAGCCCGGUGAGCCUGACAGCCCCUGGACGGGCUCAGGGGGCACCACACCCUCCACACCCACAACCCCAACCACGGAGGGUGAAGGCGAUGGGCUCUCCUACAACCAGCGGAGCCUCCAGCGCUGGGAAAAGGAUGAGGAGCUGGGCCAGCUUUCUACAAUCUCGCCUGUGCUUUACGCCAAUAUUAAUUUUCCUAACCUCAAGCAGGAUUAUCCAGACUGGGCCAGUCGCUGCAAACAGAUCAUGAAGCUGUGGAGAAAAGUCCCGGCCACUGACAAAGCCCCCUACCUG